AUGGCACCUACUCUAUUCUAUGUUCAGACCCUGCCUCUGCUGUCUGGACUAGUGCUUGCGGCAGAUUAUCCUGGUCUUCCAACAGAUUUGACGACGCCUGUGCAACAACGUAUCGCCUUCAAGGGUCCAAAUGGUACGUCUAAGGAAUCGNCCAUCUCUGUCGCUUGGAACACCUACGAAAAGCUGAACGAAGGUUGUGUUCAGUAUGGCAAGUCUGCUGACAGCUUGACCUCUCAAACAUGCUCAACUCAAUCUGUGACUUACGACACUUCUCGCACUUGGGUAAACUCAGUCACACUCUCUGAGCUUGAUGCUGCCACCACAUACUACUACAAGAUCAACUCGACAAACUCAACUGUCAAUCAGUUCAUGACUGCUCGUGCUCCUGGAGACAAGACUAGCUUCAACCUAGAUGUUGUCAUUGAUGUGAGUUCUUCCUAUCAAAAUGCUCUUCGUCAAUAUGGCUACACUACUUCCCGCAAACGAGACAUUCCUUACGUGCAGCCUGCCUUGAAUCACACGACUAUCGCUGCCCUCGCCCGCACAAUCGACGACUACGAGUUUGUGCUGCACCCCGGAGACUUUGCAUACGCAGACGACUGGUACCUCAAACCCAAGAACCUGCUCGACGGCAAAGCCGCCUACGCCGCCAUCCUCGAAAACUUCUUUGAGCAGCUAGCUCCCAUUGCAGGAACCAAGCCCUACAUGAUAUCCCCUGGAAACCAUGAAGCCGAUUGUACUGAAAUCCCUUACACCAGUGGUUUGUGUCCUCAAGGCCAAAAGAACUUUACAGACUUCAAGACUAGGUUUGCUGGUCAGAUGCCUACGGCCUUUGGCUCUUCUUCAAAGGAUGCUACUGCUCAGGCAUCAGCACAGAAAGCUCAAGCACUUGCCAAUCCACCUUUUUGGUACUCUUUUGAGUACGGAAUGGCUCACAUUGUAAUGAUCGACACAGAAACCGACUUCCCAUCUGCACCCGAUGGACCAGACGGCAGUGCACACCUCGACGCCGGGCCCUUCGGUUCCCCCAACCAACAACUCGACUUCCUAGAUGCAGACCUGGCUUCCGUCGACCGCACCAUCACUCCCUGGGUUAUCGUAGCAGGCCACCGCCCUUGGUACUCCACCGGCUCCGGCAACAUCUGCACUCCCUGCCAAUCAGCCUUCGAACCCCUUUUCUACAAAUACGGCGUCGAUUUGGGGGUUUUUGGACAUGUGCACAAUAGCCAACGAUUUAAUCCUGUCUUCAACAAUACCGCUGAUACUGCGGGACUGAACAAUCCUACAGCACCUGCAUAUAUCAUUGCAGGAGGAGCAGGCAAUAUUGAAGGCUUGAGUGCUGUAGGUGCUAAUUACUCGACUAAUGUUUUUGCCUAUGGAGAUGAGUUUAGCUAUGCCACGCUCAAGUUCAAGGAUGCGAAGAAUUUGCAGAUUGAGUUUUUGAGAAGUGAUACUGGCGAGGUGUUGGAUUCGAGUGUUUUAUACAAGGAGCAUGAUGUUGCUUUUGUCAGAAACUGA